GGAUUCAUCCAAAUCGCCGACAGAGGCCAGGAGGUCGGUCUUAGUGCGAAGAUGGUCCCGAGUAAACGCCAAGAAAGUUUCGUUUUCAAGGGGAAGAGCGCCAGCCAGCUUGGACAUUAUUCCUCCUUGUUUCAUGCGAAGUUCUCACUUGUCGGCACACUUUGGUCUCGCAAAGGAGACAGAUCGAGGCCAGUCUAGAGGAUGGAGGCAGAGAAAGAAGCUAGAGAUCUUCACGAUGGCAAAGAGAAUUCGCAGGCUGGAGGAGAAGAUCAAGAUCAUCAAGUUGGAGAAGAACCCAAGCUCAAGGAUGAAAGUUUGGACCAGGGAGGAUCCGAGAAAGAAGAAGUUGGAGAGAAAGAAGAACAGUCUCCGAUCGAGGAGGUUGCUCUCACAGUCGACACUAGCGAUGAUCCCAGCCUCCCGGUUUACACUUUUCGGAUGUGGACGCUGGGAGUCGUGUCGUGCGUGCUGCUCGCGUUUUUCAACCAGUUCUUCGCGUACAGGACGGAGCCUCUGAUCAUCACUGCCAUCUCCGCGCAGAUUGUCACGCUCCCGCUCGGCAAGCUCAUGGCUGCAACGCUGCCGACGAGAAAGUUUUCGAUCUUCGGCCGAGAGUUUUCGCUCAACCCGGGGGCUUUCAACAAAAAGGAGCAUGUCCUCAUCACCAUCUUCGCAAACACCGGUGCCGGCAGUGCUUAUGCCGUGGGAAUCGUCACGAUUGUCAAGGCGUUCUACAAGCGAAGAAUGGAUUUUGGAGUGGGCUUGCUCAUCACAAUCACGACUCAGAUCAUUGGCUAUGGUUGGGCUGGGAUCUUUCGCAAGUAUUUGGUGGAUCCAGCCGAGAUGUGGUGGCCUUCCAACUUGGUGCAAGUCUCGAUCUUCAGGACUUUGCAUGAAAAGGAUGUCCGUCGAAAGGGUGGACUGACGCGACUACAGUUUUUUCUCAUCGCGCUUACCUUCAGCUUUUGCUACUACACAUUCCCGGACUACUGGUUUAUUUCCUUGAGCUCCUUGUCGUGGGUAUGCUACGCCUGGCCAAAGUCGGUCACAGCACAACAAAUAGGCUCGGGGUUUUAUGGACUUGGCCUGGGCAGCAUUGCUUUCGACUGGGCCGCCAUAGCUUCUUACCUCGGCAGUCCACUCGCGAGUCCCUGGUUUGCUACUGCCAACGUGAUGGUGGGAUUCUCACUCUUCAUGUACGUGGUCACGCCGCUCACUUACUGGAGCAACCUCUACGGGGCCAAGAGAUUUCCUAUAUUCUCUUCGGGGCUCUACGCAGACGAUGGCUCGGAAUACAACUUCACCAGGGUGAUCAAGGAUCACAGUCUGCAACUCGACUACGAUGCUUACAACUCGUACAGCAAGCUCCACCUGAGCAACUUCUUUGUGUUUACUUAUGGGGCCUCGUUUGCAGCGCUUACCGCGACUCUUGCUCACGUAGCCAUCUUCCAUGGCAAGGAGAUUUAUUCUAUGACAACGAGUGCCUUGACAUCUCGCAAGGUUGACGUGCACACCAGGCUGAUGAUGCGCUAUAAAACCGUCCCACAGUUUUGGUUUCUAGGAAUGAUGUUCGCCUCUAUGGCACUCGCCAUUUUUACUUGUGAGUACUUCAACUCCACAGUUCAGCUGCGAUGGUGGGGGCUGUUAUUUGCGUUUGGCAUCGCCUUUAUUUUCACCAUGCCAAUCGCCAUAAUCGCCGCGACCACUAACCAGGUACCCGGUUUAAACGUCAUCACCGAGUAUCUCAUCGGCUAUGUUUAUCCAAACCGGCCAGUUGCCAACGUUCUCUUCAAAACUUACGGCUACAUAAGCAUGACUCAGGCCGUGAGCUUUCUAUCCGACUUCAAACUCGGGCACUACAUGAAAAUACCUCCAAGGUCCAUGUUCACAGUCCAGGUUCUCGGCACUGUCAUCGCAGCCACCGUCAACUUAAGCACCGCCUGGUGGCUGCUAAGCUCCAUCAAAGGCAUCUGCCAUCCCAGCGAGCUCCCGCGAAACAGCCCCUGGACGUGUCCCAACGACACCGUCUUCUUCGACGCCUCGGUUAUCUGGGGAUUGAUCGGCCCCAUGAGAAUGUGGGGCUCUCUCGGCCAGUACAACCAGAUGAACUGGUUCUUCCUGGUCGGGGCUGUGGCACCCGUGUUCGUCUGGAUCGCCAUCAAGCUAUUCCCCAAGCAGCGAUGGCUGAGGCUCGUCAACAUGCCGAUUCUUUUGGGAGCCACCGGAGCCAUACCACCGGCAACAGCAGUGAACUACUGGAGCUGGUUUCUCAUGGGCUUUGUCUUCAACUAUCUCAUCUUCCGGUAUAAGAAGGCGUGGUGGCAGCGGCACAACUAUGUUCUAUCAGCUGCCUUGGACGCUGGCGUUGCGUUUAUGGCUAUCUUGGUUUACUUUGCUACUAGGAUGGGAGACUAUUCUGUGAACUGGUGGGGGGCUACCAUUGAUAAUUGUCCACUGGCAGCGUGCCCGACUCAACCAGGAAUCGUGCCCUUCGUGAAGAGUUGUCCAGUUCCUUAAAGUUUUCCAAGAACUUGGAGAAGUUCUUGUGAAGUGGGACGCUUAUUAUUUGGUAGCUUUUUCUUUUGUAUAGAUGUGUUGUAACAGGAACUUUCACUACUAUAUUAGAAAAGAAUUAGAAAGAAAUUUCAUCUCCUUGACAAUCAA